CUAUUAUAUAAUCUCCUCAAAGUUUACAUUAAAUUUCUUAUUAGACAUUGAGAAAACAAUAUGGAGAUUGAAGUUUCAGCCAACACCAUGUACUAUUACACUGGCCUCCUCCUCAUCUUCGCCCUAGUUUCCACCCUAGCCUCGCAUUACUUGUUCAUGAAAAGGCCGUUGAAAUUCCGAACCAAGAUCCGGAGCCCACCGAGCCCGCCAGCACUCCCGAUCCUGGGCCACUUCCACCUCCUCAGCUCUACCCUGCCCAAGUCCCUGGAAAACCUAGCCCGUCGUUACGGUCCCCUCAUGCGGAUCAGCAUAGGCUCCUCCCACUUCCUUGUGGCCUCCGACGCUGCCACCGCCAGAGAGAUAUUAAAAACCCACGAUGUGGAGUUCGCCUCAAAGUUUGUGUUCGCCCCAUCCCACCAUAACAUCUACAGGGAUGCGGAGUUCGUGAAUGCGCCCUAUGGAACAUACUGGAAGUUCAUGAAGAAGCUCUGCAUGACAAGGUUAUUUGCAGGGCCACAGCUCGAGCGGUUCUCCCACAUACGUGAGGAAGAGACCUCGAAGCUUCUUGGAUCCCUAUGGAGACAGUCCGUGGGAAAAGAGGCGUGUGACCUGAGCACCGAGUUGACUGCCCUCACGAACAACAUGCUAUGCUGGAUGGCCAUGAGCAAGAGGUGCUCGAGAAACCCUGGCCAACCCAAGGAGAUAAGGGAGAUUGUGAGCAACAUGAUGGCUUGUGGAGCAAAGUUGAGCUUCGCCGAGGUACACGGCCCGUUGAAGCAUAUUGAUCUGUUUGGAAAUGGGAAAAGGCUGAGGAUGGCUCUUAGGAAGUUCGAUAUGUUGUUGGAACAAAUAAUUAAGGAGUAUGAAGAGAGCAACGAAGUUCGAGAUCCGAGUUCGAUCAAUGAAGAAAAGGAUGUCAUGGACAUUUUGUUGGAGACAUGUAGAGAUCCCGAUGCCGAGAUUACACUGACGAAAGAUCAAAUCAAACAUUUCUUUCUCGAUCUGCUGAUAGCCGGGGUGGACACCACGUCAGCAUCAAUACAGUGGGCCAUGGUCGAGCUCUUUAACUGCCCCGAAGUCCUGACGAAGCUGAGGUACGAGAUUGAUUCGGUUGUGGGGUCCACAAGGCUGAUCAACGAAUCGGACGUCCCAAACAUGCCCUACCUGCAAGCCAUCGUGAAGGAGACCCUUAGGCUGCAUACGCCGGGACCUCUGCUCCGCCGCAGAUGCAACACCGUCUGCAAGAUCAACGGCUACGAUGUUCAGGCUGGGACCAACAUUCUGGUCAACGCCCACGCCAUCAUGCAUGAUCCUGACACGUGGACCGAUCCCGAUAGAUUUAUACCGGAGAGGUUCAUGAAGGAUUCUGAUGUCGAUAGGAAGUACAGUGCAAUAGUUCAUUCUCAGACGAUGGACCUAAGGGGUCAGGAUCUCCAUUUCCUGCCGUUCGGGAGUGGAAGGAGAGCUUGCAUAGGAGUGGGACACGCGGCGAUAGUGAUGCACAUCACGAUCGGGGUGAUGAUCCAGUGCUUCGACUGGAAAGUGAGAGAAGAGGAGAAGAUGAAUAUUAAGGUGGUAACGGGGUACUCGGGAGCUAUGGCACAUACUCUGUUGUGUUAUCCCAUCGGACGACUGAAUCCUCUUGUCCUAAUGAAUGGAAAAUGAAAUAUAAUCAAAUAAAAUUAGCCGAAGAAAACCAGUAAAAGAGUUGAAAAAUAAUGUUGUCAUGGCUAAUUUGAGCAGUGAUGCCUGUGUGGUGUGUGUGAGAACCGAGUGGGGUGACUUUUAUGUGUGUGUUUUCAAGUAAAAAAAGUUGAAGACGUGAUCAACUAAUAAUCCUUCUUGUUGAUGUACAUUAUUACAAGCUUAAUCGCGUUGCAAAUUGUAAUAAACUUAAUCCAGUGUGUGUGUUUAUAUCUAUA